GAGCUGGGCGUUUAGCUAACACACGUCACACCGCUGCUAACCACGUGUUCUGGACAACGACAGAUGUGUUAGAACAUCCCCGGCACCGAUCUGAGACCAGUUUAGUCAUCGGCACCGAUCUGAGACCAGACUCCCCAGUCACCUUUAAUGCAGUCGGGAUCCUGACAGCAGCAGCUAUGUUGGCGAGGACCACCCUGAGCAGAGGAAUUACUGCCCUCCGCCUUGCUAAGAAUGUGACUCUGUACGUGAAUGAAUUGGCAUCUCCAGCCUCAGGAAGCCAGACCCUGGCAUCUGAAGAUCACAAACCACUCAUGCUGAUGCUCCCGUGGAUGGGUUCGCGUCCCCAAGCUGUGGCAAAGUAUUGUGAGAUCUACUUCCGCACGGGCUUGGAUGUCCUCGUAGUGGAGAGUGAGGUGACUCACUUCCUGUGGCCUCGCUGGGGUCUGGAUCAUGGAAAGAAUUUGAUCGAGUUGCUCCAGAGCGAACGCUUUGUGUCCCGCCCACUCCUCGUCCAUGCCUUCUCUAUCGGUGGCUACACGUAUACCCAGCUGCUGGUUCACGUGUCCCAGGACAUGCAGAAAUAUCAGGCGCUCGCAAAGAGGAUCAAAGGGCAAGUCUUUGAUAGCUUGGUGGUGGGCUCUGUGGAGAUGAUGGCCUCAGGUCUAGGAAAGACCGUGUUUCCUCGUUUGGAGUCACUGGUAAAAAAGGUGAGCAUGCUUUACUUUGGCACGUUCAAACAGCAAACGGUGGACUACUACAACAGAAGCAUCGAUGUGUUUUGGAACACACCAAUCCCCGCCCCCUCACUGUUCCUCUUUUGCGAGAACGAUCUGAUAAGCGACGCGCAGACUAUGGUGGAAUUGAUCGACUUCUGGCGAAAGCGCGGGAUUAACAUCACCUCAAAGAAGUGGGCGGAUUCAACACACGCAGGUCACCUGAAGAGGCACCCCCAGGAGUAUGUGACCACACUGGAAUUAUUCUUCUCUUCACUCAACAUCGCUCCGCUGAAGGCCAAGAUGUAAGAGGGUGUCACUUAAACUUGAUUCCACGUCAGGUUGAGUGUUCCUGUUUUCUUUGUUUCCCCUAAAUGUUUGUUGUCUUUUUGUGUAUGGAUCAUUAAAACAGGCAAUUGUA